GGGCAUCCGCUGCUGGUGCUGCUGGUGGUGCUGCUUCUUCUUCUUGCAUCCCUCCAUCUCUCUCUCCAUCUCCAGAGGGCUCUGGGGCUGGCCAUGGCCGGGUAGCGGGGGGCCAGGAUGCCUCGGGAUGCUCUGGCGAUGCUCUUCGCCCUCCUCUCCCUCUCCCUCUUCCUAGGAUGGCCAGCGCUGGAGGCAGCCAGCCCCCAGGAGGUGGUGAUCAAGGUCCAGGUUUAUGAGAAUGGCGACUUGUCCCCUUUGCCUCAAGCAGCUGUGGAAGUAUAUGGCAACCAGACAUCUCUGGCUUCAGGCACCACUGACCAAGAGGGUGUUAGCAUGCUCCCCAUCAGCUAUCGCCUGGGCACCUGGGUCCUCGUCACGGCCUCCAAGCGUGGCUUUGUUACGAACUCUGUUCCUUGGCGUGUCAACAAACUGCCAUUGUAUGCUUCUGUCAGCCUCUAUCUGCUCCCAGAACGUCCUGCAACACUCAUCCUCUAUGAUGACCUGGUGCAGAUCCUUCUUGGUUCUCCAGGAGCUAAGAGCCAACCGUGGGCACAGUUCCAGCGCAAAUCCGCCCGCCUGCCCCGCAGCUCCACGUAUAGUCAGCUGUCAGCCUCUCUGACCGCUGCCAGCAGUGGGCCAGACAUGAGGGGAUUCCCAUCUUUCAUCGGGGCUGAAAGCAAUGGAAGUGGCAAUAACACCUGGUUGGAGUUGGUGCCCAUUGUUGCAGUCAGUGUUCACCUUUUCACUGGCAAUGGGACAGAGAUCCAGCUCUCAGACUCGGUCCAUCUGUCUAUACCACUACCUCCGGACACAGCUGCUGCAACUACCACCAGUGUACCAGCCUGGCGCUUUGACCUCAAGAGCGGUCUGUGGAUCCGGAAUGGGACUGGCCUUAUUCGUAAGGAGGGGAACCAGCUUUACUGGACAUUUGUCUCUCCACAGCUGGGUUAUUGGGCAGCUGCCAUGUUGUCUCCAACAAAUGGGCUUGGGAGUACAAUAGUUGGCAUUAAAGACAUCGCCACUUACCAUACCAUCUUCCUGCUCACUAUCCUGGGUGCCCUGGCAUUGCUCGUCCUCAUUUUGCUUUGCCUACUUAUCUACUACUGCAGGAGGCUAUGUCUGAAGCCACGUCAGCAACAUAGAAAACUUCAUCUGUCAGGGGCACUGGAUGCAUCUAAGAAAGACCAGGCUACCUCCAUGUCCCAGAUCAACCUGAUCUGCACGAGCCACAUGGAGACAGCUUCAUCCAAUGGUGACACAGAUGUACACACUCCCAUUCUCAAAUCGGCCUUCUCCUCAUCCCGGGAGUUUGAGAGCUCCCGUGAAGAAUUCUUCAGGCAAGUAACAAACCAGAAGGGGCGUCAUGCCAGCAAGACCUCCACAGCAGACACACUGAGCCAACGAGGAGGCACAAAGGAAGACUACCCUCGAGGCAUGGAAGGCUACUCACUCAAGACAGCUCGCUCCAUGGAUGCCCCUGGCACGCUGGAGCCUCCUCUCCUGGAGGACUACAAGCGCAGCUAUUCACAUCAACGUGUCGAGGAGAAGAACAAUGAGGCACAACGCAAGCAGGCCCGCAAUGACAGUAAGGCCUACCUGCAGGAGCCCCCAUCACCACCGCCUCUCCCACCUCCCUUUGACCACUAUGUGGGUCACAAAGGGGAGCCCAAGCCCCCCGACUUCAUGAUGUCACAGUCAGUAGACCACCUUGCCCGUCCCACCUCACUGAGCCAACCUGGGCAACUCAUCUUCUGUGGUUCUAUUGACCACAUGAAGGACAGUAUGUACCGAAAUGUCAUGCCAACCCUUGUCAUUCCGGCUCACUACAUGCGCCUGGCACCAUCUGAACAGCCUCCAGGAGGCUCUGAAAACCAGUCUGACAUGGACCCAGCUGGCAUGGGACUCCCUCAUCAAUUUGGACCUCAGGAGCAGCGGCAGCAGCAGCAACUCCUCCAGCAGCAGCUGCAACACCCACAGUUCCAGCUCCAGCAACACCAAGUAGAAGAUGGUGAUGGGAAAGGUUGGGGCCCCCACACACAGUCAGUCAGUGGCUCAGUCACCAUCCCAGUGCUGCUGAAUGAGUCCACCAUGGCCCAGUUGAAUGGUGAGCUGCAGGCACUGACUGAGAAGAAGCUAAUAGAGCUUGGGGUGAAGCAGCACCCACGGGCCUGGUUUGUGUCACUGGAUGGGCGCUCCUCCCAAGUCCGCCAUUCUUACAUUGAUCUCCAGGGCAAUGAGAGGAACCGGAGCAACGAUGCCAGCCUGGACUCGGGCGUGGAUGUAAAUGAAGCCAAGCCACCUAAGCGCCUGAAGGAGGAGCGCCUGGCCCCUUCUAUGGGCCCCACUUACUCCAAGCUCGUCUUUGCUGAUGCUGACACAGAGCAGAGCAGCAGCGAGAGCCGCACCGCCAUUUGCUCUCCAGAGGACAACUCGCUGACACCUCUGUUGGAUGAGAAUACUGACCACCGUGCUGCGACUAUUCCUCGGCGUGGGCGCAGCCGUGGCAACAGCUCACGCAGCAGCAACAGCAACAGUGAACUCCGCCGUGACUCCAUGACCAGCCCAGAAGAUGACAGCAAUGAACCCUCUGAAGGGACUGAUGACCAGGGGGACAAGAAGAGCCCCUGGCAGAAACGUGAGGAGCGGCCACUCAUGGUUUUCAAUGUGAAGUAGCUGACAGGAGGAUGGGGUCCAUCCUCAUGGCACAAUGGGACAAUGGGGCAUGGGAGGAGUAGAAGUCACCAGGACCAUGGAGAGCAUUAUUCCAUGUGUGUCUAGCACAGUUUCCUAUUCUCUCCAUCUAUAAUCAAGUGCUUGGCAGAACAGAAACCCUGGAUGUCUGACAACAAAAAUAAAUGGGACAUAUAGCAAGAGGCAGAGUGCAGUCAAGCUGUGCUCCAUUCUUUUCCCAGCAUGCCCUAUGAUCACUCCAGAUGCCUGCCUUGUCCUGGGAAUGUUAUGAAGUGCCAUGAAAGCAGCCUAAGAAGGUCCUUUUCCAACACCAACCACUGUGAACCAGGCAGUAUGGGCCUCCAGGAACUGCAGAGGCUGCGAUAAUGGCAACGGAUGUUUCACAGUUCUGUAACUCUCUGUCAGUCUCUAGGAGGAGGACAAGCCUUGUCCUGUAUGGUUCCAGUUCUAUUUGAAGAAUCCCGUCCAACUUGGCAUUGCCAGAACUAGCAUUGGCCCUAUGCCCUAACACAUUGGGAGUUGAGGUGAAAUGGAAGGCAUUUAGUGGAACACUUUAGCCCCACCUUGCACUUGUGGGUGAGGAGGGCAGCUUUGUACAGUUCCUUUUAAAAAUUCAGUCCUGUGGAUUUUCCAAGCCGUAGCAUGGUUUGGGGGGAGGAAGGGGCAGGUGCCCAAGGGCUCCAGGCUGAUGCCCGUCUUUACCUGUCGUGCCUGAGUGCCCCAACAACCUGGGUUACAGUACAGAGCCCAGAUGAGUGGGGAGGGGGGAGGGUUGGGGUGCAGGGGCACUGGUGUGACUAACUGUACAUAUGUGUGUGCAUGCGUGUAUGUUGGGGGGUGGGAGUCUGAGCCAUGGUGUGUGUGUGUGCGUGGGGGUAGGUGUGUCAGUUGUGUCUGACCUCACUGCCAAAUGAACUCCCAGCGGAGUCAUCUCUGUGCUCCCUGCUUCCCCUUUUUUCCUUGUGCCUGCAACUCCUCUGUCUCCUCCAAGUGCCUUCCAUCCUCAGUAUCUCCCUCCUACCCUCCCCAUCCAGGCAGCUGUGCAUGAAACCUUGGAUGCCCAUAGAGGGAUGCAGACAUGCCAUCUGCUCAGAACUGUUCAGAUCUUCCUUUCUGUUUAAUCCCUUGCCUAUUCAGCAAUGAGUACUUGGGAGCCUGAGGAGAGGGAGGGAGGGAGGGAAGAGUGGAACUGAAGGAAGUGGUAGCCGUUAUCACAUCCCGUACUUGUAAGCCCAGCUGUGCCAACUGGCUAAGCCACUGACAGAGACAUUCUGGGGACCUGCCCUACCCUGGAACAUGGUAGUGACGAGUAUCCCAGAUGGAGAUCUUCAGGACCAAAUAUUGGGGAGAGGGUUUGUCUGAUGGUGGUCUUGAAGUGUGUGUCGGCAGUGAUGAUCUAUAUCACAUUUCAUGCAUUGGAGGAGAGGGGUAUUUGAGGUGCCUCUUGAAAAGUUCCAAAUGGACCCAAGGAGAACAUUUGUGAAAGCUAGUGAUGCUACUCUGAGAAGGAAAAAAGAGGCCACAACCCUGCCACACACACAGCUUUUGGUCAGCCAAACAAGAUGGGAAUAAACAGGCAUUAGGGCCUUUAUGGGUUUUUUUUUUCAAAGGAAGGUGGGCUUUGGAUGGGACUCUUUUUCUCUAACUCAGCACUACACCACUUGAAGAUAAUAAAUAUACUUUCCAGUGGGGAUGAGGAGAGUGGGGGUGAGGUGUGUUACGUUGUAGGCUCUGUACCUGCAGUGGAUAGGUUCCAUCUUUUCUUGUCCUCUUUCCUGCCACCCACUCAAUUGUCUCCCUUCCUCAAGCUGCUGGGGUUUGCUCUUAGCAUGCUCUUGCCAGAAGUCUGAAUGUGAUCGCUUACAGAGAACUUCAUCCCAUUCAUUCAAUCACCCCAUAUGUUCUGACUCCCCACUCUUUUUAUUGCUCUGCCCAUUGCUCAGUUUCCCUACAUUUUCCCUCUCCCUCUUGUGGGCUCCUCCCAUACUCAUAAAAUUAGGUUAUGGAUUGCAGGGUGUCUACUCUUUGUUUACUUCAGUGGUUACAAACACUGUUCUUAAACACCUAGGCUUCAGGUGCAUUUGGGAGUGGGGGACCAGAGAGGCACUUCACAUAUGCUCAGAAGCACUGUUCUUUGUUCACCUGUUCAGGGCUGAGCCUUAGCAAUGAAAACAGGUCCUGGGGCUGAGCCCUAACUCAAAUGAAGUCCUUCUCCCACUGUAGCCCCAUUUUUCAGUUUGACAGUUGUUGGCCUGGGGCACGUUUUCUCUAAUUUUCUUUCUAGAUAGUGCCCACUUUUGUCUUCUCCCUCAUCGUUUUUGAAUCCUUUUAAGGUUUUUGUAAGAUUCUCUCUUUCGCAGUCCCCCUUUUCUUGUCAAUCAGCAGCAUUAUAUAUAAUCAAUACCUGUGGAACUUCCUGCUACUUCAUGUGAUUGAUGGCAAGAUCAAGGUUCUCCAGAGAUGGGACCAGCAGCCAUCAACUUACACAAGAUGAAGUUUCCUGCAUGGAAGUCUUGUCAAAAACUGCAGAAAUUCUGUGUGUGGUUUGUAUGUAACUUGUGUGUCUCUUUCUCAAACUGUCCAUGUAAUGACUUCCGUGUGGAAAAAUUUAUCUUUUAUAAAUCA